UAUACACAGAGUUUCCUAAACUCUCUCUUUUUGCAAGUGCAGGAGGAAGGGCUGUGCACGGGAUAGGCUGCUCUAUGCCGCUGUGUGCUGUGUGUUUUAGGCCGGACUCUAGUGAAUGUCAGAGGGACACAGAGCUUGUUUUGUGUGGAUAUGUGUGAGAAAGAAAUGGGGCAUGAAAUGCUAAACUCAUCGUCCGAGGCUGUUAACUAUGGUGGAAAAAGUGCCUUCUCGCAAACGGAGCACAACAUCGUCGCUGGAUACCUCAUUACUGCAUGUGUGAUCAGUUUGUCCAGUAACAUUGUUGUGCUCAUAAUGUUCGUAAAGUUCAAAGAAUUGCGUAAUGCCACAAACGCUAUCAUCAUUAACCUGGCCUUUACUGAUGUUGGAGUGGCGGGCAUCGGUUACCCUAUGUCUGCUGCCUCUGACCUGUAUGGCAGCUGGAAAUUCGGUCACACUGGUUGCCAGAUCUAUGCUGCACUGAAUAUAUUCUUUGGGAUGGCCAGUAUAGGCCUGCUGACAGUGGUUGCUAUUGACAGAUACAUCAGCAUCUGCAGACCUGAUAUAGGGCAGAAAAUGACCACAUGCUCAUAUACAAUCUUAAUUGUGGCUGCAUGGCUGAACGCAGUGUUUUGGUCGUCCAUGCCGAUCGUGGGCUGGGCUGGGUACGCACCUGAUCCAACCGGAGCUACCUGCACCAUCAACUGGAGGAACAACGAUGCGUCCUUUAUCUCCUACACCAUGGCAGUCAUUUUUGUUAACUUUAUUGUGCCACUGUCUGUGAUGUUCUACUGCUACUACAAUGUUUCAGUCACCAUUAAAAGGUACAAGGCCAGCAACUGUCUGGAGAGCAUCAACAUAGACUGGUCAGACCAGAUGGAUGUAACUAAGAUGUCUGUUGUAAUGAUCGUGAUGUUCUUGGUGGCCUGGUCUCCUUACUCCAUAGUGUGUCUUUGGGCAUCGUUUAGCGAUCCCAAAAUGAUUCCUGCACCAAUGGCCAUCAUCGCCCCUCUCUUCGCAAAGUCAUCCACUUUCUACAAUCCCUGCAUCUACGUUAUCGCCAACAAGAAAUUCAGAAGAGCCAUCAUAGGAAUGCUACGAUGCCAGACCCGUCAGCGAAUCACCAUCAGCAACCAGGUUCCCAUGACGGCUUCUCAGCUGCCUCUCAACCAAUAGAUGAUGACCUCUGAAGCUCUCUGCUCAGCGCUGGACGCUGUUCCCCAUCUUCCUUCUUCACCACAAUGUUGCCAUAGUUUUCCCACUUAAAUAUUAAACAGUCCAACAUUUUAGUUGUUUUCUAUCAAAUUAAUAACACCUAGGCAAGUUAAGCUUAAUUUCUUAGAGAACCAAUAUAUAUUAUAUUUUUAGUACUAACUUAUAAAUUGAUCAGAAUCAGAUAUUCAGAUAUUAAAGAAACAAGGUUAGUUUAAGCAUUGGUUUAUCUUUACAACAGUGCUAUUUUCACAUCCAGGGUUGCCAGAUAUGGAACAGUAUGGGCCUUAUUUUAGCAAUAGGCGAACCAUCAACCAUGCAUUGUGCAUCUUGUGUCUUUGCUAUUGUAAAAACGGGAAAAGUAUGCUUUCUGUGGCUUAAAACGAGCAAAAAGCAUGUACUAAUUAUCUUAAUUAAUUAAUCAAUAAAUCAAUCAAUGAGUGUGUUUUUUUGGGCAUAACAUGCAAUAAACCAAUCAGCAUUUCACUUGCCCUUCUUUUUAAGAGCCAGGUAUGUUCUAACUUUGGUGUAUUGCUAUUUCAGUGGUGCAGCUACCUGGACAUGUCCAAUGCUUCUCAGCAGAGGACACUGACCUGCUCAUUCAUUCUGUUUAUUGUUGAUGUAAAAGUUUGUAUAGCCGCCAGCGCACUAUGGGUUUGUGCACUGCUGCGUGCCUAUGUCUGCGUGCCUGACAGAACUUAUUGCGUAUGUCUAGGCUUUUUUCAUUGGUGCACCUGUGUUUUCUGUGGUCAAGAUAGAAAUACGACAGAAAAAUUACCUGAAGACACCUAAUUUCCGACCGCCACGCCCAUCGGCGAAGAUAUAUUCACAAGCACAUGGUGUAAAAAUAGACGCUGUUGUUGAGUGUAAGAAAACAAUGAGGUAUGUCUAAUUCAUAAAUAUUUAUAGAUGUAGUAAUGAUUUUAGUUUAAGGAGAUUUAGAAAAACUGAAAGAACCAAAACAUUAAUAUCAGAACUGAUGAUCACUACUCUUAUUUUCCUCUAAAGUCACCACAUGGCUAAAAUAUACACUUACUUAUAAUAUAGUAAGUUUUCUUAUUACUGUUAUAAACUCUUUCAGAAGAAAGGCCGAAAUGAUCUCAGGAUUCCCUGACGGGUUUUUAAAAAACCUGUAACAGAAAAUGAGCUAGACGUAUGGGUGUACAGUUUAAAAAAUGUAUAAAUGCCACAAUACAAAUGGAUUUGAUUAUCUGCCUGUUAGAAGUAGAGUCAAAACUUAAAGGAGAACUCUGGUGUAAAAUGAACUUUUGUUGUAGUAAAACAUGAUAAAAGUACAGUUGUUGAAUAGCACACCUCCGUUCUCCCACAGCGUUCUGAGAUCCAGAAAACAGUUUGUCCACCCCUCAGACUGGGUGACACGGGGCACAAUUUGCCCCGAUAAAUCACUUUUUUCCACCAUUAUCCAUGCUCCAAGAUACUCCACACCUUGCUACAAUCUGGAGAGCCCUGACAUUUAAUAUGAGGCAUUAAUAACUUUAAAAGUGCACAAGAAGCUUAUUAAAACCUAUAACCUAUAAUGCUAGCUUUCAGCUCUGAGCACCGCCAUAUAAACAUAGACAUUUAUACAUAGAUUUCACAUAGCCUGCCUCCUAGCAUAGCAGCUGGCACCAAGAGGCAGGCUAUGUGGAAUCUAUGUCUAUAUGCCUAUGUCAUUUUCAGUACAGUUAUGGCGUCACACAGAUCUGAAGCUAGCAUUAUGGGAUGUAAACAGUGUUUUUAAAGAGCUUAUUGUGAACUUUUUAAGUUAUUAAUGGCUUGUUUUAAAUGUCAGGGCUCUCCAGUAAGUAGUUUUUAUCAUGUUUUACUACAUCAAAAGUCCAUUUUACACCGGAGUUCUAAUUUAAUGUAGCAGAGCUGAGUUCCAUGUCCAGAUGCACCAUGUCGGUUAUAAAUGUCACUAUUAAUUGUGUGAAGAGACCUUCUGGCAACUAAAAUAAACUACUGAAAUGGAAAGCA